GAUUUGAUGUAGUAGUAUUUCUUUAUAACAUUAGGUUAUUAGAAAUGUUGAACCUGCUCAGCAAAUUCAGAAAAAAAUCCUUACAUAUAGCCUUUAUGCAAUAGGGCUAUGUGUACCACGAUGCCAAUUUGUAAUAUGAUGACAUGACAUCCACGAUUUUACCUACAAGAAACUUUGGAGAACAAACACCCCCUUACUAUUGAGCGAGUCAUGUAGGCUAAUUAGUUACGAAAAACACUCUGAAAGGAGUGUGUCCCGUGUCUCGUGUCCCAAUUAGGUACGAGAGCAAUGUUGGGCGACGCGAGAGAACAGGGAAUCUGAGAGCCAAGAGUAGCCUACUGGUGAGAGCGUUCAGGCGUCAUCUAUCCAUAGUCUUUCUGUAGCUACACAUAUCCAAUCUCCACUGACAGUAUUGCAAGUGUCUGUGCUGCACCUGUCCAUUCUUUUAAAUCGAGCGAAAACAGAAUCGAAAACAGUCAGCGACAGAUGUGAUUCAAUUCGUUAAAACUAAAAGAUAGACAGACUAUACUGCAGGCAUUCGAUCCUCAGACUUUCUUGCUGAUGUCCAUCUGCUUAGACAGCUCUGCUCCGCUCUACAGAGGCAAUGGGUACACUUCGAGACCUGCAGUUUGCCCUGCAACUGAAGAUUGAGGAGCUUCGCCAGAGGGAUACACUCAUUGAUGAGCUGGAGCUGGAGUUGGAUGCCAAGGACGACUUGAUUCGGAGGCUGCAGGGUGAACUGGACCGCUACAGGGCAACCAUCACACCCCCAGAGUCUUCUGGAGCUAUUGAAGGGAAUUCUGCACAGUGUGAAGAGAUCCAGAGAACCAGAAGAAAGACCAUAUUGUCAAAGCCCCUCACUCAGGAUCCAAGGCAACUUGCUUUGGCCACCCUGAAAAGCUACAACAAAAGCCAUCAGUCACAGGAGCUGAUUCAAACCUCCUUUUUAGAGAAUGACUUUCUAAAGAACCUGGAAAGUGGGCAAAUCCUGGCUAUAAUGGACUGUAUGUACCCCACCACGGUCAACCAAGGCUGCUGCGUCAUUCAAGAGGGAGACAGUGGAACUCUUGCCUAUGUUCUAGAAGAGGGGAAGAUGGAGAUGACCAAGGAUGCCAAUAAGCUUCUCACAAUUGAACCAGGAAAAGUGUUUGGAGAAUUGGCACUCCUGUACAGCUGCACCUACACCUACACUAUAUCAGCCCUAAAAAACAGCAUGUUGUGGGUAAUUGACCGGCAGAGCUUUCAGACCAUCAUGGUGCAGAGUGGCCUCAGCAGACUGGCCCAGUUCAGAGAGCUCCUCUGCAGAGUACCCUUCCUGCGCUCACUGCCAGAGGAUGUGCUCAUGAAAGUGUCUGAUAUUUUGGAAGAGAGUCGCUACAGUGAAGGUGAUUAUAUUAUUCGCCAGGGUGCCACAGGGGACACGUUCUACAUCAUCAGUAGUGGCCAGGUGAAGGUGACAGAGAACAAGUCAGCCAAUGAAGAGGCAGUACUCCUGUCAACUCUCUCUGAGGGCCAUUGGUUUGGAGAGAAAGCACUGAGGGGAGAGGAUGUGCGGACAGUGAAUGUAAUUGCUGCUGGUGAUGUCACAUGCCUGGUUGUGGAUAGAGAGUCUUUCAAAAAGAUCAUAGGUUUGGUAGAGGACAGUCAUAAUGUGCACAAGAGCAGCGAACUCAAAGGCCAGUCAGAGGAAGAUGCAGCUCUCCUAUCCAACGCGUCUCUCAGAGAUUUCCAGGUCAUCUGUAACCUAGGAGAGGGAGAAACCGGUCAUUCAGAGCUGGUACAGCUUAAGACCAACACCAACUGCCCGUUCACCAUGAGGGUGUUGAGGAAGCAUCAGAUCCUAAGCACUGCUCAACAGGAGUGCAUCCUGAGGGAAAGACACAUCCUCAUGGCAGCUCAUAGUCCAUUCAUCGUCAGGUUACACCGUACCUUCCGAGAUGCAAAGUGCCUAUACAUGCUGACAGAAGCUUGUCUAGGUGGUGAGCUCUGGAAUCUACUGAAAGACAGAGGCUCGUUUGAUGACAGUAGCACACGUUUUUACACUGCCUGUGUUGUUGAGGCCCUUAUCUUCCUGCACCACAACAGUAUCGCAUACAGGGAUCUGAAGCCUGAGAAUGUAGUUCUGGACCAGCGUGGAUAUGCCAAAGUGGUGGGGUUUGGUUGUGCUAAGAAAGUGGGCUUGGGUAAGAAAACGUGGACGUUCUGUGGCACACCUGACUAUGUGGCCCCUGAGAUAAUCCUGAACAAGGGGCACAGUGUGUCUGCAGAUCUCUGGUCUCUAGGCGUCUUCGUGUUUGAACUGCUGAGUGGAAGUCUCCCAUUCUGUGGCCCUGAUCCUAUGAAGACUUUCACAGCCACCAUCCGUGGGAUUGACCUGGUUGAAUUCCCAAAAACCAUCAGUAAGAGUGCCUCAAGCCUGAUCAAGAAGCUCUGCAGGAACAACCCUGCAGAGAGACUGGGGAACCAGAGAAACGGGGCCAAGGACAUCCAGAAGCACAAGUGGUUUGAAGGUUUCAACUGGGAAGGACUUCGCAAAGGCACUUUGUCUCCACCAAUCAUACCGAAAUUCAUCAGUCACUUGGAGGACAGCAAAUUGGACUCCUUCACUGACAUCCUCGAGGACUCACCAGCUGUUGAGGACUCAGACUGGGACAUAGAUUUCUGAUUGAACAAUAUAAUGCUGAUCUGGGUUGAAUCCUACACAUGAUCUGAUACGAAAAUAUAAUUUUUGGUACUGGAAAUAAAUUCAAUCGAAGAGACAGAGCAAUGGAAUGUCAUUGUGUUCAGCAUUCUUUUAUUUCAACUGGUUAGAAUAUUUUGUAAUUCCAUAUUUACAAAAUUUUUGUGAACUAGCAAAGAAGUGAAUGUUGAUAGCUGUUCCUGUAUUAUCAUGUGAUAUUUCUUAUUUUGUAUUAUUGUUUUACCAAAAGUGUUAUGUAGGCAUUUUCAAUUCAUAAACCUAUGAGUAAACAUCUGAA